AUGGCGGAGAUCCGGUCCAAGAACCUCUACGAGCUUCUUGGCAAUGACCCUGAACUCGACCCCAACAGAGCUCCCGAGCCCCCUACGAAAGCCGUAGACAGGCCCGCUCCCCGUGUUGGCAAGCGGGACGCUCCCAAGGAGGCCCCUGCCCAGCCCCGUGAGAACAACAACUCUCGCCGUGGUGGCCGUGCCACUGGCAACGAGGCCGCUUUCCGUGACCGCAACGCCGGCAGAAACAACAACCGCGAGAAGCCCACCGAUGAGAAGGACGCCCAACGGCGCGGAUUCCGCGCCCGUGAGGACCGUGGUGAGCGUGUCCGCCACGACCGCCAGUCCCGCACCGGCCAGACCGACACCCGCAAGCAGGUGAACCAGGGCUGGGGUAACCAGAGCGGCGAGAAGACCUGGGACGACGAGAAGGCCGGCGAGAACAUUGCUCAGACCGAUGAGACCGAGCCCCAGACCCCCGGCGAGGAGAAGCCCGAGGAGGCUGCCGACAAGUCCAAGUCCUACGCCGAGUACCUUGCCGAGAAGGCCGCCCAGGGUGACCUGAGCGCCAAGCCCGUCCGUGCUCCCAACGAGGGCACCAAGCUCGACAAGAAGUGGGCCGCCGCCAAGGAGCUCAAGCGUUCCGAGGAGGAGGAUGCCUACAUCAAGGGCAAGGAGGACAAGGCCAAGCGCGAGAAGCAGCGCAAGGAGAAGAACAUCCUCGAGGUCGACAUGCGCUUCGUUGAGGCUCCCCGCACUGGUGGCCCUGGUCCCCGUGGCCGUGGUGGCCGUGGUGGUCCCCGUGGUGGCCGUGGCGGCCGUGGCAACGGUCCCCGCUCCGAGCGCCCCGCUGCCGCUGCUGCUGCUGCUCCCACUGUCGCCGUCGACGAGAAGAACUUCCCCAGCCUUGGCGGCAAAUAA